AUGUGGGGCUGUGGUUAUGGAGGUGAUGGAGUGGAGGCUACUCACGGAGGGUCCGGAGCCGCUGGAGGCAGAGGCAGAGCGGGGUCUAACUGUUGCUGUGGGAUGGUGAUGAGUGGAUGUGGAUGGACUCCUCCUCUUCAGCUUCAGCCUCAGCAGCAUAGGCGCGUUCCGGGGCUCACGUACACCGGCUCUGCACGUACAAGCACCGGACUCAGUGAGAGGCUGGAGCCGCGCGGUCCUAGUGCCUGGCUGUACGUGACGUUGGUGACGGGAAGCACGCGGACUGACGUUGGCUCGUGGACUGACGCAAGCACGGGCAACUGUACUGACUGA